AUGACAGUCGGACAGGCAAAAAUCCGGCAUGCUUUAGCUUCAUUCGAAUUCGACGUUUUCGAUAGAAGUUUUAGUGUUAAUUUCCCUGCGUUUUGGAUUUCAGUACAAUUAGUAUUGAAUGUUUGUUUUUAUGAGUGAUCGCGUCUCUUAUAUUUUGCGCCAAAUGAGGACAAAGCCUCCCUAAUAGUUGGUUGACUCUUUCAUCAUUAUCUGGUAAAGUCAAAAUUUCACUGCCUGUGAAGCUUGUGAUCACAUUCUGCAUCCUCUAAAGAUCUCCCAGUGUGGAAAAUGUGCGCUCAACAGUCUUUUGAAGCCCCAGAGACUUACAUCAUUGAAGAACUUGAUGUGCCUUUGCAACAUGGUGGUCCGAUGUGGUCAAUAGGGAACCAUUUCAAUGAAAACAGGACAGAACAGUUCAAUGCUGAAAUUAACAGUAUUCACGAUGAAGCCACCAGGCAGUUGCAGGAUUCUCCGCCUAGCUUUGUCUUUGUCGAUUCUCAAGGCAGCGACACAGAUUUGAACAACAUAACUCCCAGUUUAAUUGCUCCAAUUGUUUACCCAGUGAGGAAUAGGACCGGUCCCCCAGCGAGGGGGUCAAUGAAGGGGCCCUACGAUUUCAGCGUCAUGAUAAACGGAGCUAACACGCACAAGAACAAAUUCCUGUGGUCGACGAAAGUGCAACGCAUGUACGUGGACGCGGAGUGCGACUUCCCGCUCAGCUUCAGCUGGGCGGACGCGGCGCCCGCGCCGGCGUACGUGCGCGCCACCGUCGUGUUCCGCGAGCCCGACCAGUCUCAGUGCAAGGUGGAGACAUGCAUCAAUCACCAGAACAUACUGAAGAACAGGAAUCUGCCGCCGUGCCAGAAAAGCAACGUGCUCCACUCGUCGCGCGCGGCCGGCGCACGCGGCGUUACGUACUGCGGCGGGCCCGACGAGUGGUUCUCCACGCGGGUGAUGUUCGACGACGACGUGAGGACGCACGCGUACCGGUUCAUAUGCAAGAACUCUUGUCCGGGCGGCAUCAACCGGCGGGCAAUUGAUAUCAUUUUCACAUUGGAGGAUGAGAUGGAAAGGAUUUACGGUCGCGAAGAGAUCAGCGUCCGCGUCUGCGCAUGUCCCAGGCGUGACUUGCGCACCGACGAGGAGAACGCGCCCGCCGAGAAACAAGCGCCUUUGAAGAAGAAGCGCAAGAUCGAACCGAAGACCGCGGAAUCUAAGGUCAAGAAGGUCAAGAUCGAGGUCACUGAUGGUGAUGAUGAUAGGGUUGUGACGCUGCCUGAGCUAAGAGUCAGAGGAGUGUCGACAGCAAUAACAACACUGGAGAUGAUGAAAGAGUUCACCGCUCAACACAAGAGACUGUCCACAGACCCUCGGGUGUUGGAGGAAGACGCCGGUAUCAUAGCUGACCUGGAAACCAAGAUUAGUGAGCUCAGAGGCAAUAUGUAGUGGUUUUUUUUGUUUUAGAGAAACAUUCGUUUUUUUUAUAUAGUUUUAAUGUUAAUAACAAGUACUUAGAGUUAGGUGGUACGCGUGGAAUUAGUUCUAGAUCUUAGGCUACUUGCUAACUAUUAAAAUAAUUGGCUAUCAUUGGUCAAUUGGCCCGAAUGUGAAUGGUGAACGAGAUGGGUCGAGCUGGAUGGAGUUAAUUAUUAUUUAAUUUUUUUUUUUAUUAUUUAUAUGGAAUCAUUAUUCAUUCGUUCACUCGUCACUAAAUUCUACCUAUCUUAUAGUGAAAAAGUAAUAAUUGCUGGAAAAUACAACGAAAAACAUGAAACGGAAAUGUCUAUUAAAAAUUUUCGUAUGAAAAAUGAGAAAUCUGCGAUUACGCGCCCUAACUAUAUGUAUUAUAUAAAUUUUCAACAAAUCAAGUCAAAAAAUACGUUAUACGAUACGUCCUUGUAGUUUUCUUCAGCUAAAUAAAUUGAUAAACAUCAUUUUUAAAAGUUAAAAUAAUUUUAAUAAAGUUUUUAUUUCCAACCAGUUCAACCCGUCUCGAAUAUACACCAUUAGGCCGAUAUUGAAUUCAAUUAUUCGAGACCAGAUGACCACUUAAUUAUUUUAAAAGUUACUGGGAGUACCCUGGGAUCAGUUCCACAUAGGCGAGUAGCUACCUCACCCCUUUAAUAUGGGAGCCGAAGGUAGCUCAAGCGUUUGAGGGGUUAAGAUAUGAUGAAAAGUCUUGGUUACUUAUUUUUCUGUGUGUUAUUUUUGAAUUGUACAUUUAAACGAUAACUUUUAAAAAGGAGAACCGCCUCCAAUCGAUAGCCUCCUUUAGUCAAGUCGGUAAUAUUGCUAAAACCUCCUGAACAUUUUUCUGAAAACCCCAUCAAAAUCGGUUCAGUGAAACGGGAGAUAAUCGCGGAUUAACACAUACGUAUACACAUGUCAAACUGAGAAUCACCUUUUUUUUAAGGCGGUUAAAUAAUUAUGUUUAUAUACAAACUAAAAUCUAAUAGGGUCAGCCAUCUCUACUGUUGACAGUAUUAGAAUAAAAGUUUAACACACAUAUAUAAAAUGCGCAAUAAACAUUGCAAACUUCGUGCUUCAGCUAUGAAAAAUGGCUUAAAAAACUGUCGAAUAAUCAUACAAAAUGUUAUGAUCGCAAGUGCCUAAAAAAUUUUAAUAUAUUUUUUUAUCAAUUGGCUUACAGCAAGAGCUUUUAAUAUUGGUAAACGCAAUUUUGGUAGAUGUACAUACAAGAAUUAAGUACCAUUUAAAUUUCGACCCUGUUUAACAUAAUCGUGAGAAAUGUUUACCUACGUAAGAAGUGAUAAUUUUUGAUAGAAAUGAGAAAGCAUAAUCGUUUUAUAGUCUCGUCAUAAAGUACAAUGGGUGCCUUAUACUAUAUCUACGUUUUUUCGUAAUUCUUUUUAAACUUUGGUAAAAUAGAUAGCUUUUUAGUGGAUACAAGCCAAUUUGUUUAGGUAAAUAAGUACUUUUAAAUAAACGUAAUCUUGAAAUGUUUUUUCAGUAAAAAAAAAUAUUCUUUUUAAUGAAAGUGUUGAUAAAUUGCAAAUUUAUUCGUCAUUACUUAUUUCAUUAUUCAUCGUGACCCACUCCAUACAUUCACACAGAUUUCGUAAAAGACGACUAAUGAAAGGCUAAUAAAGUUGGGAUUCCUCUAGCAACCUGUCACUGUUUGAAUCUCAAUCUCAUCAUUAAGCCAUACAGCUGAACGUGGCCUUUCAGUCUUAACAAGACUGUUCAGUUCAGUCUUUACAAAACUAUUAGAAACCUCAAAUAUUUUACCAUUGAGAUUACAACUAGAUAUUCCCACCGAUUUAAAACCUUAAUCCUUGAACUUAUCCACCACUGCACCACUGCCUUUUUCGUGUCAAAAGUUCAUACCUAUAUAAUAAUAUUGAUUAUUAAAACCUGACUAGACGACGUACUGAGCGAUAAUAUGUUAUUCUAUUAGCAUUAUAUUUUUCAUGUAAGACCAACUUAAUACUAUGUAUUUUAAUUGAACUGUAUUCCUUUAAAAAACUAAUUAUCUUUGAGUGGAUAUUUGGUUUUUAGUAAAAACUUUCCUUAACACUAAACCCUUAAAAUAGUGUAAACGAGUCAUGUUAUUGCAAGUAUAAAAGCUAUCAUGGAUAUAAGUUACGACAACGAAAUAUUUUUGUAAACGUUUUAUAAUUUAAAAUUUUUUAUAUACAAUAUGUUUACAGCAGUUCAUACAGUCAAAAACAUAAUAAACCUAGUAUAUUAUUACCAGUUUCAUCAUAAGCUUUGUGUACUGUGUCGAUGGUACAGUAAAGUAUACCACCGACUUUAUAGUCUACUGUACCUUAAAUUUAACCACUUUUAUGGUAAGAAUAGAGUUACAAUAGAAUCAAAGUUCAAAAUAAAGUUCUAAUUUGAUUUAAAAAAUUAACUUUUGCACGCGUCUUCGUCCGCCUUAAUAGAAAUAUUAACUUAUUAGAUCAUUCCAAUGUCUAAGCUAUAUCACUGUUAAAUUUCCUGAAAUUCCCUUAGUUUUUGCGUGUGUUUUUGCUCAAAUACACACACAUCCUUGAAAACUUUAGAAUUUAUAAUAAAUAAGUCAGUCAAAAAUAGUCACGCAUAUGCAUACCUAAUGAUGUUACAAAUUAAUUAGUUUUUAAGAAUUUAUUAAUAUUAAUAACAUUUUAGUAUAAUACAGUAUUUACGAAUAAAAAAAAUUGGCAAGUAAUUUGUCUUCCAUAUUUUAUUGGAUUUUACAUAUUCAUAGAACUUUUAAUAAGUUUAAAUCCAAUUUCGGAUUUUAUAAUUUUUCAUACGUUUUUUGUUGCUAUUAUGAUUAAGAUUAAUUUUGAUACUGAAGUAGUUGAUAAGUUAUUUUAAAUAGUUGAAUUAUGUUUUGUAAUGUUUUUUUAACAAUUUGAAAUAACUACUUUUUUAUUAACAAUAAUGAUAUUUUGGGAAACGACUCUAUAACUAUGUAGCGUGACUGAAUUGAAAUAAAAAUUGAAUCAAAAUAUUAAUACAAGUUUUGUGUUUUUUUACCAAACGAUUGGUCCCGUAUCAAUCUUAAUUUUCUUAUAAGUUAUAAGGUCUUGGAAGUGGUAUAUGAAAACAAAUUACAUAUGGAUGUUACAAAAUGUAUGUAUAAGCACACAAAUCAGAUUUAUUGCAAGUGCCUUAGUGAUGUUGGCAAUAAAAAAAACACGCUGUAUUGUUUUGUUUCCCAGAAUUUCAAUGAAACUGAUACUUAAAUUUUUUUAUUAUAUUUCACAACAACAUUUAAAAUAUCUGAGAUAUUACUCACAAAUUCAAAAGAAUGUGUUAUUUAAAAAUUGUGUUUUAUGAAAAAAUUGAUUAGUUGAAAAUUCCGCCUUUGACAUGCAGUUUCAUCUAUUAUAGAUUUUUGUGAGUAACAUUGAUCUUGGGUACAGAUAUACCUCUAAUUCGUUGUGUAGGUACAUUAAAUAUAAAAUUCGUUGAAUAUUCUAAACCGCAAAUCGAAGUUGCCUAAUUGUGCAAUGUUAUGAUUAGUUAUUUUUUUUAUUGUACAGUCAAGCGCAUAUCAAGUUACCCUGCAUGGAAUUAUGGAAUAGAAGAGAAUUUGCAGUUUAUUUUCGGUAGGUUUAUGUGCUGUUGACUGUACCUUUGGUGCUUAACAUUCCGCCAUACUAUUGUAAGCUCUGUAUUAGAGCACAGAGAGUCAAGUUCAGGGUAACAGCGGCUGUAUGCUCUGUGGUUUUUUUUUCUUAUAAUUUAUAGUUUUAAUAAUGUGCCUUUUGUAAAGAAUAUACUAAUGGUUACUAGGACUAUAUAUUUUUCUAAAUUGUAUUUUUUAAUUUUUUUAAUAUAAAGUAUUCAACUAAAUUUACUACAAAUAUAAUAAUGUUGUGAAACUUUUUGAAAUUUGUAAUGAUUAAUUUUAUCAAUUUAAUAGAUGUACAAUAAUACACACGUCUCGCUCUGAGGCCUACUUAUAGUUCAGUGUCAAAUUCAUAUGUAAAACAUUACGUAUUACUUCAGUAAAAUAUAUACCAAUGUGCCUUUAUUUUUCAAUUCAGCUGAUUAAAUACUUUCGAAUGAUU